GCGCAUGCGCAGUGAAUCAUGUGUUCAUGUGCGGCGUAAACCGGACCCGCUUUGAAUAAAAAAGAAAAACUUCACGGAACUGAAUGAAUCUGGAGGAGAUGGAUAUUUGAAAACGGAAGAAAACGAAUAAAAGCUCUUGACGACCGCAGCAGGAGUGGCUUUUGAAGGUAGUUUUAUUGUUUGGUUGUGCGCGUCCUGUCAUACAGUAAAAUAACUGCGCGCUCCGUCCAUGCGCGUCAACUGCAUUUCUAGCACUGGAUUUGACGGGUUCCCAUAACAACAACAACGUGCAGCACAUGAUAGGAAUGAGAGGAGACAGCGAUCAUGCCAGUAAAGCCACUUGGGUCCUCCAACUUUUCUGCAUCUCGCUCCUGACUUCAUUUGGGAAGGGAGACGAUGAGUCCUGCCACGGAGCCUUUGAUUUAUACUUUGUGUUGGAUCGGUCAGGCAGUGUGUCUGACAACUGGAUGGAGAUCUAUGGAUUUGUGGAACAACUGACUAAUCGGUUUGUAAGCCCAAAAAUGAGGGUGUCCUUCAUCGUCUUUUCCUCUAGUGCAGAAGUAGUCUUGCCUCUCACUGGAGACAGGGCAGCUAUUGAUAAUGGUCUGCAAAGUUUGAACAAGAUCAUACCUGCUGGUGAUACCUAUAUGCAUGAGGGGUUAAAAAAGGUAAUAGAACAAAUGACUGCCCAGGGUGCAAGAGCAUCCAGCAUCAUUAUUGCACUGACUGAUGGAAAGCUGGAGGUUUAUCCAUAUGACCUUGCUGUGAAAGAGGCUGAUCAGGCGAGACACUAUGGUGCACGGGUAUAUUGUGUUGGCGUGAAGGACUUUGAUGCAAACCAGCUUAAAGAUAUUGCAGACAGCAAAGAUCAAGUGUUUCCUGUUGUGGAUGGAUUCCAGGCCCUCAAAAACAUUGUAAAUUCGAUUUUAAAGAAAUCCUGCAUAGAGAUUUUUAACCUUGAGCCCUCCAGCAUUUGCGUGAAUGAAACUUUCAACAUUGUUUUGCGAGGAAGGGGAUUCACGCAGGGAAGAACCUCAGAAGGUGUGGUCUGCACAUUAUCUGUCAAUCAACAAGAUCCUUACAACGAGAAGCCGAGUGCAGUGAAGGAUAAUUACGUGUUGUGUCCAGCUCCAGUGUUGACCGAGGUUGGACACUCCCUCGAAGUGCUCAUUAGUCUGAAUAAUGGCCAGUCUUUCAUUUCAAGUCCAAUUACAAUAUAUGCCACCACAUGUUCUGAUGGGAUAGUGAUAGUCAUCGUCAUCCUGGUGCUGUUGGUGUUGUUGGGUUUACUUGUGCUUUGGUGGUUCUGGCCUCUCUGCUGCACUGUGGUAAUCAGAGAUCCACCCCCAUCUCGCCCUCCGCCUCCUUGUCCAAUACCUGAACCUGAGGAAGAUCCUCUACCAAAGAAGAAAUGGCCUACAGUGGAUGCGUCUUAUUAUGGUGGCAGAGGGCCUGGUGGCAUUACACGCAUGGAGGUUCGCUGGGGUGAAAAGGGCUCUACGGAGGAAGGGGCGCGGUUAGCGAAAGCCAAAAAUGCUGUGGUCAAAAUGCCAGAGGAGGAGUUUGAAGAACCUAUAAAAAGACCCCCACCCAGACCACCACCGAUAUAUCAGGCCCCAGCCCCAGACAAAUGGUACACGCCCAUUAAAGGGCGUUUUGAUGCUCUGUUAGCAUUGCUGCGUAGACAAUACGACAGGGUUGCUAUCAUGAGACCCACAACAAAUGACAAGGGGCGCUGCAUUAAAUUCACCCGAGUUCAAAGUCACUGACCGAACACGACGUGUCCUUUACUUUAAAGUACGUUCAGACAAAAAGGAUUGGAGGAUCCACAGCUGUAUGGACACUGUGUGCAAAGUUGUACUUCUGAAUUAAAACCUUUAAAUUUUAUUUUUACAUGUAUAAAUCUAUCCUGCUGACUUUUCCGCAUGCCUAUGAAUAUUGUUGAAUUCACUACUUUUAUAACGAUUAAUUUUUAAAGGUUUUCUAGUUACAUAUCAAUACGGUGCCUUCUUGUGAGUGUAUUAUGAAAGGGCUUGUCAAGGAAAGAAAAUGUAAAUUAUUAUUUUUAUUUUCAGAAUUGUUUCUUUCAUUAUUAUUAGCAAAGAUGUCAAUUAUCUAGUAAA